AUGAAUGUGGGUGUUGCACACAGCGAGGUGAACCCAAAUACUAGGGUUAUGAAUAGUCGUGGAAUGUGGUUAACGUAUGCCCUGGGAGUUGGAAUGCUACACAUUGUGCUGUUAAGCAUUCCUUUCUUCAGUGUCCCUGUCGCAUGGACUUUGACCAAUGUCAUUCACAACCUGGGAAUGUAUGUGUUUUUACAUGCAGUAAAAGGUACGCCAUUUGAAACACCAGACCAAGGUAAAGCCAGACUUCUUACACAUUGGGAGCAGCUAGACUAUGGAGUACAGUUCACCUCAUCAAGAAAAUUCUUUACAAUCUCUCCAAUUAUUCUGUACUUCCUGACCAGUUUCUACACAAAGUAUGAUCCAACACAUUUCUUUAUCAACACGGCUUCACUUCUCAGUGUCCUUAUCCCCAAGUUACCUCAGUUACAUGGAGUACGAAUUUUUGGCAUCAACAAAUACUGA